AUGAAUCUUAUUGAAAAAAUCGACAAAAGUAAUUUGGAAGCACAAGCUUCCAAACUAAAAACAACAUCAGUGCAAUUACACCCAGGAAAUUCAUCAAAAGAAAACAAAUCUAAAUUAAAUCAUCAUACGGAAAUCUACGAGCAUAAUACUGCGUUAAAUUACUUCUUUCCACUGGGUUGCUGA